AUGGAUCCCCGGAGAGACGCAGCUGCUUCUUACCAUCUUGCUGCUCCUCCACCCCCUCCAACGACCCUAGACAAUCGCGCACCACCGCCAGCAGGCCACUACCAAUACGCCCCUCCUCCUCCGCCUCACCCUCCACCUCAGUCGCAUCCACAUCAAGCGCAUCCGCAGCAGCAGGGGUACCCGCCGCCGGCACAAGUAGCCCUGCCUCCCAUCCAGCAACCGUAUGGCCCGCCAGGCACUGCGCCUGAGCAACGCACACUGCCACCGUUUCACCACCCUCACGGUGCGCAUGAGGCCCAUCCUCCUCAAGAGCAUUAUCCAUACAACCAGCACAACCGAUCUGGCCAUGCCACUCCGGCACCUGUGAACCGGACCUACUCCCACGACUCGACGCACCAGCGCACGCCGACCACACCGGCUCAGCCAGGCCCAUACCCACCUCACUCCGGUCCAGACGGACUCCAACACCCGCCACCACCGCAAGCUCAGCAUCACUCUAUGGACCCUCAUGCACAUCAAGGAUACCCGCCUACCAAUGGCGUCGUACACGGCCUACCGCCACCACACGGCCAGCAACACGGACCACCGCCACCCCACCAUGAGCAACAUCCACAACAUAUGCAGCCUGUGAUGGAGUCUCAUUAUGGGCAGUAUCCACCACCCCAGCAGCAACAGCCGGUAUAUGCGCCCAACUACGGCCCCAUCUCGAGUGGGCAAUUUUCGGGAGUACAGCGCAAAAAGCAGAUGCGUGCCACUCAGGCAUGUGAACAAUGCCGUGCACGCAAACAAAAAUGCGACGAAGGCAAUCCCUGCUCGUUCUGCAAGGAGAACAAUCUCGGCUGCCAGUAUCGUGAUACACCUCCUGCGAAAACCGACAAGAACAUGGAGAAGCUGCUGAGCUACAUGGAUGACCACACUGCUGCGCUUCGGGAGCUUACUGACAAAGUCGACACUCUGGACAACAGAAUCCGUCGCGUUGAAGGCUACAAUUCUCAUGCUGCAGAGAAUGGCGUCGACGGGCAGAUUGAAGACGUUCACGAAAAGUCACAACCGAGCAAUCGCAACAAGCCUGGCGAUCAUCGUACAGCACCUCACAAGUUGCUCCUCUUAUGGCCGAGUGUACAGCCCCUUCUUCGUGCGUCCAAUGUGAUCAUGAAAGACUCCUACGUCAUGGAAGCUGAAGAUCGUGGAAUCUUACGCUUGUAUUCGAGAGGCGAAGGCAUCGAUGAGCAUGACGGCACACAACCUGGCGGUCCUGGUAGCCCCGCGCACAGUGACGAGAACAUGAACGACAAUACUACGCGAAGUGCGCCUAGCCCACCGGAUGGUCUUUGGGGUACUGGCUUUCCACAAACGCCCUCCAGCGACAUCAAACGAUCAGAACCAUCAUGGGGUGGACUGAAACCGGAUAACACACUAGACCUGGAUCAAAAGACGAUCUCAGAGCUGUAUGAGAGCUAUCUUAAAAACAUACAUGUGAUGCACCCUUUCUUGGACAAACAGCGACUCAAGGCGAUGUUUGACACGUUCCAGAAACGCCUGAAUCACGCCAAUAGUAAAUCACGUCCGCAAUUUGUGGCGCAAAUGGACGACGAUGCUAGGGCACCCAAACGUCAGAGGUCUAAUGGCUCGACCAUUGGUCCGACGUUUGGCUACGAGAAUGGUACUCAGCGCAGCUCGCCAGAACGAUCGUCUGGCAAUGCUGUCGUCUACUUGGUCCUCGCGCUCGGUAAAAUUUGCUUAUACAAGAACCCGCUCCCUGGUGUCCAGCAUGACAGCAAGCUGAACGCGAACGCUGCCAUUGCGCAUCAGCUUAGUGGUGGCCACGGAUUGGGCUCCAGCUCCCCACCUGCAGCAAACAUUGCCAUCAAGCCUUCGCCGAUAUCACCAGGCUCUACCCCAGCGACCGCGCAGCCUACACCGCCCGCUGAUUUCCAAGCUAACCAUCACUCACGAAGCAGAAGGGCGUCGUUAGACGGCAGCGCGCACGGCAUGAGUGGCAGGAAUCUGGAUGUCAUCCCUGGGUUGGCUUACUACGCCAAGGCAGCAGAGAUCCUUGGCGACCAGGCCGAUGGCAAUGACUUGGUGCACGCACAGAUGUUUUUGCUCGCUGGUCUGUACAAAGGUCAACUUGCCCGAGUCAAAGAAAGUAUGAGCUGGCUUACCAUGGCUGGCCGAGCUGUAUUGAGCCUGCUUGACCGGUACAAGCUGUAUAACGACAACUACUGGAAUGGAACGGGUGAUGUGUCGAAGAAGCUCGAGCAGGGCCAGAAGCUUAUUAAGGACAAGCGGGCCAACAUGAUCGUGCUUGCGUCCUGGACUUGUCUACAACUUGAGAGUGACAUUCUCGCCGAGCUCCCGCUGCCUUCUAGCAGCAUACAGAGCGUCGAAGACAUGUUACUGUUGCCACACAAAGUGCCCGAAGACGAGACGUACGGUGGCCUCGACCCAGAAGCAGACGAUGGUGAUUAUGACGGCAUCAUCAUCUUCUACACCGCCCAGAUGUACCUCCGGCGAAAGCUGAACGAAGUCCACCGACAAAUAUAUGGUUCAGACUGCUUGGACAAGUCAGGAGCACAAGUGUGUGACACUUUGCGCGGCCAUGACAGCCUCUUGGGAUUAUGGCGUGGCUCUUUACCGCCAGCGUUGCGCUGGAACGACGAAGAUAAGCCUGCAGAGAACAUUCUGGCUGCACGGCUACGAGCCAAAUACUGGGGCGCCCUGUAUGUGGUCAAUCGACCUUUCUUGGAUUACGCCUUGCACAUCAUGCCAUAUGUCAAGGACGGAAUGGAGGUUCGCAAGAUUGCCAAAGACGUCAACAACAACCCGCGACACCUGGCUGAGAUACACCUCUUCGAAGCCAUCGCGAGUAUGCCUGACGAGGAGAUAUGGCAAGCCUGCAAACGGUGCAUCGAUGCAGCUAUGCAAAGCACAGUCGCGUUAGAUAAGGUGCCAAAUCGCCUGGUCGUGACCAACAUACACGGCACAGCUCACGCUCAAUUCGGCAACAUGCUUGUACUAGCAGCGACAUUCUACAGUCGCCAUAUGCGGAAGCUCGUUGACGAAAAUCGUUUUCGUGAGCUUCUGCAGCGAACCAUCACUUUUUUGAGACGUCUUGGGCCAAUCUCACCAACCAGUCAAAUCGACUGUGGCAUUCUCGAGAGGAUUCAGCAGACCUUGUUUGGCCCACCACCGGACGAGAAGCACCACUAUGCGAACGAAGGUGUCGUGAGCGAGCACAUGAGCAGUAGCGCCACCAACUCGUUCAGCGCAAGCACGUAA